CUCUCCCAACACCAGCUUCGUCUGUGCCAGCGUCGCGAUUUGCCAGGGGUACUUCAGCGGUGCGACAGGCCCUGUUUACUUCAGCCUGGGGUCACAGGCUGAGAUCCAGUUUGAGUACGAUGACACGGAUACUCUCAGCAUGCAGUAUGUUCACCGAUACUUGAACGUAACCAGACUGACGGUGAUCCGGCUGGUGUGUGACGCGACCACGGAGGGAGACCUGACGGUACAAGGACAACUCAAGUCAACGCUGCCGCUUUACAACUUCGAACUGAGGAGCAAGUACGCAUGCGUGGUUCCCUUCCCAACAACAUCACCACCACUUACCGUUUCCAAGGAGACACGUGGUCCUCCCACAACAACGCCAUCUCCCCAAAUCCGGGAUCUCAACGCCAUCGUCGUGCUUCUGACCCGCCUAUUUGUGGGCGUUUGUGUAGUGGCAUUCCUUCAGUUGGCGCUCAUCUGUAUCCUUCUGUGCAAGCUCCCCAACACAUACAGCAAGCUUCCAGCAGGACGCACCUGCUAGCACCCAUCACAAGGCGAAGUAUUGACACGGACAAUCAUAGUGUUGAUUGGUUAACGUGUAACAUAUAGAAUGUCCAGAAACUAAUUUCAAAAUCGUGAUAUCAAUCAUAAAGUUUAAUAUCAAUCUUAAGGGAAGAGUGUAAAAAAUAAUAAUACUUAUCUUAAGCCGGAUGGUGCAGGAAUCUAAUAUGAACACAAUUAACAAAAGCCUAAACAGGUGUCCAGACAAACUGCAUUGUUUGCAUUAAGGACAUGCUCCUCAGUAGGACACAUUAAAACAAUCAAUUGAUUUCAUGACAUUUGAUAACCUAAGCAAAACUUGUUUGCAUUGUAUUUACGACACGCCCACAAGCAGUCUGUUUCAAGUCAAGUAUGGGCGGGACUUGAGCCUCCUUACUGCAGUGCCCUGGGGUCCAGCGAUUCCCAUUGUCUACAGUGCUUUGUGUUCCUGAUUAAACUGGCAGUCUGGGAA